GUUCGACCGACGAUCAGAAACGCGUUUGGUUUUGUCGGGGCGGUGGUUAGUCUGCCAUCUGACGAUAAAAACUCCUCUUCGAAAAUUUUUGACGAGCGCUCCCUGAAGCAAGCGACAGACAACAACAGCAUCUACAACGAGUCGCGAAUUUCAGCUAGCGACUCCAUCAACUUCGACGUCUCCAAGCAACCACCGCUGAGCUGCCAAAUGAACGGGAAGAACAACAAUAAUGUAAGCAGUGACAUCAAAAACAGCAGCGACAGAAGUUACGUGAAUCGCGGCAGUAUCAGCAACCACGACAUAAGCAACAACAACAACAGCAACAACAACAGCAACAACAACAACAGCAGUUUUAGCAACGAAAAAUCUUAUCUAUUGAACAGCCGUUCGUCUAUUGCAACGGCAUCAUCAACAACAGCGCGCCAACAAACAACGAUCGGUAGCAGCGGGCAGCAGACCAACAAACCAAACUACAGCAACAACUACAACAACAACUACAACAACAGCAACAACAACAGCAACAACACGUAUGUGAAACCGCCCAGACAUCAAAACAAUCAAUCUUUCACCGGUAACAUACGCUCUCCCCACUUGCCCAUUGCCAACAGCAGCAGCAGUAGUGGAGAUCUCAAACCAUCGGCCGGCAAAUCGCAGGCACUCCUCUCCAUCACUGCCAAAAACAUCCUCAAUGUUGAGAGCAUUGCUGGUACCGGUAUGACGGAAGAGGAAAUUGCGAGAUCCAUCCUUCCAACGAUUCAAAUUGGCCCGGACUUCAGGCGAAUAAAAAUGGAGUACCAUUGCAAAUUUGGCGAAUAUGGAAAUGAAGCCGGCCUCUUUACAGAGCCAAGUGGUGUGGCCGUUGGUAGGGAUAAUGAAAUUCUGGUUGCAGAUGCUAAUAACCAUAGAAUUCAGGUGUUUGAUAGCACGGGAGCAUUCCGCCGAAUCAUUGGUCAGGAUUCCACACGUGGUGUGAGCAGUGGUGACGUCAGAGGGUCUCAAAAUGAGGGUGACCUUGUCUACCCCAACAGGCUGGCCGUUAACAAGGUCACCGGGUGCAUCUACGUCACUGAAAGAAGCCCUACGCAUCAAGUCAGGGUUUACGACGAGACUGGCAGAUUUGUGAGAAGGUUCGGGGCUCACGUACUCCAACACCCGCGAGGCAUCACUGUGGAUAGACUGGGACGCAUCAUCGUCAUCGAAUGCAAAGUAAUGAGAGUAGUGAUCUUCAACUCGUCCGGAUCCGUCCUGAAUAGGUUUAUCGUGGAGAAGAAGGUCAACUUCCCGAAUGGAGUGGCAGUUAACGACAAAGAGGAAAUAUUCAUUAGCGAUAAUAGGAGACACGGAGUGGUGGUUUUUGACUACCAGGGAGCAUUCCUUCGUACCAUUGGUGGGAUAGGGAUCACAAAUUAUCCCAUCGGAGUUGGCAUCAAUUCGGCCGGGGAAGUAGUAGUGGCAGAUAAUCAUAACAACUUCAAUGUCACACUAUUCACUCAGGAUGGGCAACUUAUAAGAGCCCUGGAGAGUAGAGUCAAACAUGCCCAAUGUUUCGACACGGCCCUCAUGGGCGACGGUUCAAUUGUCCUCUCAAGUAAAGAUUACAGAAUCUACAUUUAUCAUUACGGGGCAUACCCACCAUCCAACGACAACAACAACACUAACAACAACAACAACGUCAUUAAUAAUAAUAAUAAUAAUUACACAAAUGGUAGUACUAAUAAUAACAAUAUUAUUAAUAAUAGUUACUGUAAUAAUAAUGGUAAUAAUAUUUCUGUGCCUAUUUGUGUGGGACCUGCUAUUAACAAGUAUAUGUAAAUAUAUAAAUAGAUAUACAAUUACACACACACACACACACAUUUAUACACACAUACACACACGCACACAUACACACACGCACACACGUACGCACACACGUAGACUAAUACAAAUAUGUGUAUAUAUACAAACGAAUGAUUUAUGUACAGAAACUAUAUUAUAAUUAUUUCUAUUUUGAAUUUUUGAAUUUUAUUUUAAAUUAAUAUUUUAAAAUUAAAAUAUAGAUCCACUUUUCUUUUUCUUUCUUAAUUUUUUUUAAAAUUUGUGAAUAGAAUUUAAUAAAAUUUAUUGUGAAUUUAUUCAAUUGAUUGACUCUAUUGAAAUGUACAAACUUCGGUUUUUUUGCUCUUUAUAUAUCUGUGUCCAUCUGUCUAUCCAUUCAUUCAUCCACUCACCCAUCCAUUCAUUCAUCCAUUCAUUCAUUCUUUCAUCCAUCCAUCCAUCUAAACAAUCCAUCCAUACAUCUAUCUGUAUGUAUUUUUUGUCAUAUUUUUACGCACGAAUACAAUUUAAUAUUACGUAGCAUGUACUUUAAAUCCGCUGAAUUAAAUGAAGUUUAACAAGAUUUUGAGAAUGUUUUAAAAUAAUUUUUCUCACCUUUUAUUUAUUAAAUUAUUCAUCCACUUGUGAAUCAUUCAUCCACUUGUGGAUUAUUCAUUCAUUUAUUUUAUUAUUUCACGCAAAAAAAAUUAGCCAUCAUCGUCGUCGUCUUCAAUAUUUUUUUUUAUCUUAUAUACUGAUAAGAAGGUUUUAACACUGAAUAGCUUAUGUAAUAUAUUUAUAUAUAUUUAUUUAUUUAUAAAUUAUAACUUAUAUAUAUUUAUAAGUUAUAAUUAUUAAUUAUAAUUAUAACACCAUUGUGUUCUUAACUAUUAGUCUCGACAUCACAAUUUGCGUUUCUUGGCUGCAAUAAUUGAGUUUUCAGAUCUUAAACCUUAGGCAGGCUACUGACAAGUCUCGUGAUGAGACGGGACGUACGUCUGGUCUACGGCGGGUAAUGGUUUACCAGUAAUGUAGGUUUACCAGUAAUGUAGGUUUACCAGUAAUAAUAUAUAUAUAUAUAAUUUUUUGUAACUGUUUAAAUACAUUUAAGUAAAAAGACUGUUUUUUUUGUUAUUAUUAUUGUUGGCAAAUUUGUUAUUAUUAUCGUUAUUCUUGUUGUUUCUAUUGUUAUUAUUAUUUUAUUAUUAUUAUUACUAAUGUUUUUUAUUAUUAUUAUUUUAAAAAUUAAUACCCAAGUGUUUCGUUUUUACGUUAAAUCUCUGUAUACUUUGUUUGCUUAGAAUCAUUUGUAUUCAUUCAUUUGUUCGUUCGUUCAUUCAUUCAUUCGUUCGUUCGUUUGUUCGUUCAUUCAUUCAUUCAUCCAUCUAUUCAUUCAUUCAGGUAAUUGAAAAAAAAUCUUCUUAAGUACAAACUACAUUGGUUAUAUUUGAAACUAUUUUCGUUUACCUUUUGUUCAUGCAUACAUCACUUUUUUCUAUUUAACUUAAUUAACUUAAUUAACUUAAUUAAUUAACUCAACUUAGUUUGCGCGUGCAACUGAUAAGGAAAUAUUAUUUAAAUGGAAUUAUUAAACACUAAAAAAAUAACCUAGUAGACAUUUCAAA